UCGUCGUCGGCGUCGUCGUCGUCAUCCGCCCGUACGCGACUGUGCGAGGUUCAGUCUUCAGUAGACGUCCGCACAUUCGAACCGCAACAUGACGCGAAUCUCGAUCACGUUGCCGGUGCUCCUGCUGCUGGCCGCCGCCGCGGCCCGGGCCCAACAGCAACAGCGGCAGACGCCUUUCCUCACGGAAAUAUUCCCCGAACAGCUCGAACAGCAGCAGCUGCAGUCCCAGCUGAACCAGGUGCAGGUGGAGUUGCAGCAGGUUCAGCAGGCGCUCGAGGCCAGGCCGCAGGAUCCGGAACUCCGGGAUUCGCUGCUCCAGCAACAAGAACAGUUCGUGCUGGCGUUUCGAGACAUCCAGCGGCAGCAGCUGGACCUCCAGCAGAGGAUACAGGACAGGCUCAGGGGGGUGCAAAGUGCACCGCAGGCGCAGCCCGUCCAGCCGCAGCCCCAGCCUCAGCCGCAGCCGCAGCCGCAACCGGCCCCACAAAUCGAGGGACCGUCCAGGAAAUCACCGAACGUCGAGGGAUCGUGCAAGACGGCCAACGGUGAGCCGGGAACGUGCCGGCCGCUAGUCAGUUGUUUGUCGUUUUACGCCGAACUUCCCGGACUCAAAAAACAACCGUGCAAGUUGGCGGUCAACGAAUUCGGGGUGUGUUGUCCACCGAAAAACCGUAAUCCAGCCAACAACCAACAGACGGCAGCUGCAACCACUGUUACUGGCGUGAUCAGGGCACCGCCACCGCCGCCCGUCGACAUACCGCCGUUCACGCCGGAACAGUUGAACAUUGCCGCGACAAACGCCCUGCAGCGCCUCAACGAGCGACGGGUGCUUGUCACGUCGCUGUUCACGAAACGGAUACUGGUGCCCACUGGCAGCGCCGCGGCGUGGCACCAAGAGCUUUUCCCGACCACCAACGAGACCCUCAGCCAAGGGGAACAGGCACAGAAAUCCGUGGAUGCCAGCGUGGGACUCGUAAACGAUUUUAAUUUAUCACGUGAUCAAGGUACGUUUGCCUUACCAAGCUUCAGCAUUCUGGACACGGUACUUGGUGACACUUGCCCCAGGACAUCAUUUUGUCAACCUCAUAAAUAUAGAUCAACCGAUGGGUCUUGUAAUAACAUCAAACACGAGCUAUGGGGGCGAGCUAGCACGGCUUUACAGAGAAUUCUUCCUCCAAAAUACGGAGACGGUGUGAACUCACCGAGAUCGAGAGCAGUCAACGGGUCACCAUUGCCAAGUGCGAGACAAGUGAGCGUCACAUUCACGCAAGACGUGGACUCGCCAUCUGAAAAUUACACAAUGUUAUUGAUGCAAUGGGGACAAUUCUUAGACCACGACACGACGCACACACCCAUAAGCAGAGGUCAAAUGGGUAGCGGGAUAUCGUGUUGCAGGAACGGACGAGAAAUCGAAAGUUCUCUACGCCAUCCGGAUUGUUUCCAGAUAGAAAUCCCCCGUAACGAUCCCAUGUUCGCACCAUUCGGUGAGAGGUGCAUGGAGUUUGUCAGAUCCCUGCCGGCGCCGCGUCCCGAAUGCAAUUUCGGACCUAGGGAACAGAUGAACCAAAUCACCGCUUACCUUGAUGGGUCCCAUAUUUACGGGUCUUCGCUGGUCACUCAGCAAAGCCUCCGAACUUUCCGAGGCGGUACGCUGCAGUCGCAAAAUAUCAGAGGAAAGCAGCUUUUGCCGGGAAAUCCUUCAGAGUGUUCCGAUGAUACGGGCAGAUCUGCUUGCUUUAAAGCGGGCGACGGACGAGUAAACGAACAAAUAGAUUUAGCUCUAUUGCACACUAUCUGGCUACGCGAACAUAAUCGUAUCGCUUUCGAAUUGUCCCGACUGAACCCUCGUUGGAGCGACGAAGCAAUAUUUCAAGAAACGCGGAGAAUAAUAAUUGCUCAGUUGCAACACAUAACCUAUAAUGAAUUUUUGCCAAUCAUUUUAGGUAGAAGUUAUAUGGCCAAGUUUGGGCUAUCUCCAGCAGAAAGUGGAUGGACAAGGAAUUACGAUCCAGAGUUAAACGCUGGAAUAACCAAUGCCUUUGCGGCCGCUGCUUACCGAUUCGGUCACACGCUUAUUCAGGGAAAUAUUCAUGGCUAUGGAAAAUUUGGUAACAUUAGAGAAAAUCUUGUACUCAGUAAACAGCACUUUGCACCAUUUAAUUUGUAUAAAGAAGGUGCUUUAGAUGACUUUAUCAGAGGAAUAUCUUUCCAAAGUUCUCAAAACUUUGAUAGAUUCUUUACUAAAGAAAUCACUGAUCAUUUAUUCCAAGGCAAUCUAAAUUUUGGACUUGAUCUAGUAGCAUUAAAUGUACAAAGAGGACGUGACCAUGGUUUACCACCUUACAAUGAAUGGCGACAAGUAUGUGGAUAUGAAAAGGCAAGAAACUGGAACGAUUUAGAAGAAUAUAUGGAUCCACAAACUAUUACUAGACUUGCAAGGUUGUACGGUUCAGUAGAUGAAAUAGACUUAUAUAUCGGAGGAGUUUCAGAAAAGCCGAUGAAAGAUGCUUUGGUAGGCCCAACUUUUGUGUGUAUCAUUGGAGAUCAAUUUUCUAGGCUUAGACGUGGAGACAGAUUUUUCUAUGAAGAAGGUGGUCAUCCAUCUUCUUUUGAUCAAGUUCAACUGCAAGAACUCAGAAAGAGUAGUUUAGCAAGAUUAUUGUGUGAUAAUUCUGAUGAUAUGGCCCUCAUUCAACCAUUGGCUUUUCUAAAACCAUCAUUCUUGAAUCAAAGAGUAGCUUGUGCAAGUUCAUCUAUACCUAAAGUGGAUUUAAGAGCAUGGGCUGGAGAAAAAACAGCAGUACCAUAAUCUUGAGAUUCUAUUAACUUCCAAGCCUAUCAGAUUAUAAAAUUGUUAUGCAAAGAUGGGAUUAAAAAACAACUAAUGAACAAAAAUGUAUGGUAUUCAUUUGUCAUAAAUUGAAUAUUAAUCACUGUAGAUUAUAAAAAUUGUAAAUAAACUUAUGAAAAACA